AUGGCGAUGAUGGACGUUAUGGCGUUGCAACAAGCCGGUGAGGCGCUGCUUUCCUCCGACAGAAUUGAAAUACCGUUGCUGGAUCAGGUUGUAAUUGUGAUGAACCGGUCAACGGGUGAAACCCAGCAGCUCGCAUCAAAAAUCCUGACAGAAUUGAAGCAAAAGGAAUCGUCGUGGACACGUGUGGACGGCAUUCUUGAGUACAGUCAGUUUAUGGAAACGAAGUACUAUGCUCUGCAGAUACUUGAAUCCCUGAUCGAAACGCGCUGGCGAGCUCUUCCUCGAGAGCAAUGCGAAGGCAUAAAGUCGUUCAUCGUCGACCUUAUCAUAAAGAUCAGCAGCGGCGAAAGCCUUACUCCGCCGAUGAAGAUGUAUUUGCAGAAGCUGAAUUUGGUUCUCGUGCAGAUUGUGAAGCGUGAAUGGCCGAAACAGUGGCCAACGUUUAUGGCUGACAUCGUUGGUGCGAGCCGUGUGAACGACAAUCUCUGCUUGAACAAUAUGAUUAUCCUGCGUUUACUAAGUGAAGAGGUGUUCGACUUUGAUAGCGAAGUGACACAGGCGAAGGCGCAUCAUUUGAAGAAUACAUUCUGUGACGAGUUUGAGGCAGUGUUCUCGCUCUGCCACAAGAUCAUGGAAUCGUCUGACAAUGCAGCAUUGGUUGAAGCCACGCUGCAUACGUUGCAUCGCUUCUUGAGUUGGAUACCGGUUGGCUACAUAUUUGAGACCAAUCUCACUGAAUUGCUUACGCAAAAGUUUCUCGGUGUGCCGAUGUUUCGCUGCGUGACGGUACAGUGCCUGACGGAAAUCGCAUCACUGAACGUCCUCAGUCAUGUUACGCAGAGAAGUGAAUUGUAUAUCAGUAAACUGAAAUCGCUGUUCACACAUGCUAUGCUCCAGAUAGUGGGGACAAUUGACCCCAGUGUUGAUCUCUGCAGCGCAUAUCGAAGAGGUACGGAUUCCGAUCAGAAAUUUAUCGCUAAUUUGGCACAAUUCUUGGGCACAUUUCUGAAGGAAAAUUACCAAAUCUGUGAGGUCCUUGAAAGCGAUAACGGUCAAGAGAAAGCCGACUUGAAAAAGGCACAUGAAAUGGCGCUGCAAUAUUUGCUGAAGAUUAGCAUGGUGGACGAUGUGGAAGUUUUCAAGAUUUGUCUCGAAUUCUGGAAUUGGCUUUGCGCGGAGCUAUAUCGGGAAUUCCCGUUCCAGAUUGAUCGCCCGAUCUUAAACGUUUUUCCAAUUUUAACUCCAAGUGAACAGCAGGAACCACGUCGUCGAUUGCUCUACAAUAAUGUCCUCUCUCAGCUUCGUCUUGUAAUGAUCUCGAGAAUGGCAAAACCGGAAGAAGUGCUUAUUGUUGAGAAUGAGCAGGGUGAGGUGGUGCGUGAACUCAUCAAAGACACGGACUCAAUUACACUGUACAAAACGAUGCGUGAAACGCUUGUCUAUCUGACUCAUCUCGACUACAAAGACACGGAAGUGAAAAUGACUGAAAAGUUGCAAAGUCAAGUUAAUGGAAAAGAGUGGUCGUGGAAGAAUCUGAACACGCUAUGCUGGGCGAUUGGUUCGAUCAGUGGUGCAAUGAUGGAGGAAGAUGAAAAGCGUUUUCUGGUUACUGUCAUACGAGGUUACUGUCAAUUUUCUACAAAAAUUUUUUGA